AUAAAUAAAGCGCAUCACUCAAGUCGUAUGGUCAAUGUUUGUCUGUCCAUUGUAUCAUUCAUAGCUCAACGUUUGAGUUUUCGCUACCAAAGGACAUUUAUUCAGUAAUUUCAAAUAAGACAAAAAUGAUUAUCGAUACUUUAAAGAUCACUUGCUAUCUAGUAUGCAUUUCCAGUGUUGCUUUUGCUGCACCCUCAACAUUCAAAUUGCCUAAAGGAUUUGUACAAUGUAAGAAAAGUGAUCCAAAAUUCAACGAAUGUGUUAAAGAUUCUCUUCAAAGUGCUCUACCUCAUUUAGUUAAAGGUGUUCCUAGUCUUGGUUUAAUCUCUGUAGAUCCUCUUAGAAUUUCAUCAUUAGGUAUUGAUCAAGGUUCUGGACCUGUUAGUAUUAAAUUAAACUUUAAGGAUUUAGAUAUAUCUAAUAUAGGAACUGCUAAAAUUCAAAAUGUCAAUGUCGAUUUGGAUAAAUUCAAUAUCACAUUAGAUAUUAAUUUUGAUAAACCAAUGGUUUUAGAUGGCAAUUAUGACAUUAAAGGCAAAGUAAUUAUACUACCUAUUACUGGAAAUGGUUUAAGUAAAAUUGUUCUUGAAAAUUUCAAAGCUAAAAUUAAUAUUUAUCUUAAAACUAUAACGAAAAAUGGACAAGUGUACUUAGAAAUCACAGAUUUAGUAUUCCGAUUUUCAACAACACUUAUGCGCCUGAAGUUAGACAAUCUAUUCAAAGGAGAUAAAGUUUUAGGCGCCAAUAUGAAUACAUUCUUAAAUGAUAAUUGGAAAGAAAUCUUAGGAGAAUUGCAACCCAACUUUGAAACUGCUUUUGCUGCUGCUUUUACAGGUGUUUCCAAGCAAUUUUUCCAGCGAGCACCAUAUAACCAAAUAUUUAAAGACUGAAUUUACUUUGAAUAAAUUCGAUGUAUUAUUUAACUAUGAAACUAUAUGAACUAUACUAUAUAUGUUAUUACUGAACUAUUUAAUUGUACAUUUUUAUAUUUUUUUUACUAUUGUCAUAGAAUAAAAAAUGUUUAUGCUAA